AUGCUGCCUAGGGUCGGGGAGCGUACGUUGGAUGCGGGAGUUGAGCGUGGAGAGGGCGCGGCAGAAGAGGUUACGCGCAUGGAAGAUGAGGCCAGGAGGGAGGCCGUGGAGAAGGAGCGUAGGGAGAGGGAGGAGGCCGAGGCGAAGCGUAGAGAGGAGGAGGCAAGGAGGGAGGCGGAGGAGAAGGCGCAGAAGGAAAGGGAGGCGGCAGAGGCAACACUGCGUAGGGAGGAUGAGGCAAGGAGGGAGGCGGAGGAGAAGGCGCGGAAGGAGAGGGAGGCGGCAGAGGCAAAGCGUAUAAAGGAGGAGGCAAGGAGGGAGGCGGAGGAGAAGGCGCAGAAGGAGAGGGAGGCGGCAGUGGCAACACUGCGUCGGGAGGAGGAGGCAAGGAGGGAGGCAGAGGAGAAGGUGCGGAAAGAGAGGGAGGCGGCAGAGGCAAAGCGUAUAGAGGAGGAGGCAAGGAGGGAAGCGGAGGAGAAGGCGCAGAAGGAGAGGGAGGCGGCAGUGGCAACACUGCGUAGGGAGGAGGAGGCAAGGAGGGAGGCAGAGGAGAAGGCGCGGAAGGAGAGGGAGGCGGCAGAGGCAAAGCGUAUAAAGGAGGAGGCAAGGAGGGAGGCGGAGGAGAAGGCGCAGAAGGAGAGGGAGGCGGCAGAGGCAACACUGCGUAGGGAGGAGGAGGCAAGGAGGGAGGCAGAGGAGAAGGCGCGGAAGGAGAGGGAGGCGGCAGAGGCAAAGCGUAUAAAGGAGGAGGCAAGGAGGGAGGCGGAGGAGAAGGCGCAGAAGGAGAGGGAGGCGGCAGAGGCAACACUGCGUAGGGAGGAGGAGGCAAGGAGGGAGGCAGAGGAGAAGGUGCGGAAAGAGAGGGAGGCGGCAGAGGCAAAGCGUAUAGAGGAGGAGGCAAGGAGGGAAGCGGAGGAGAAGGCGCAGAAGGAAAGGGAGGCGGCAGAGGCAACACGGCGUAAGGAGGAGGAGGCAAGGAGGGAGGCUGAGGAGAAGGCGCGGAAGGAGAGGGAGGCGGCAGAGGCAACACUGCGUAGGGAGGAGGAGGCAAGGAGGGAGGCGGAGGAGAAGGCGCGGAAGGAGAGGGAGGCGGCAGAGGCAACAUGGCGUAGGGAGGACGAGGCAAGGAGGGAGGCAGAGGAGAAGGCGCGGAAGGAGAGGGUGGCGGCAGAGGCGGAUGGCGCAGAGGAAGCAGCGCGGCAUAGGGCAGUGGCAGAGGGAACGCGCCCGGCAGAGGACACUCGAAUGGCAGCUGUUGAAGAUGAGGGUAUGGAGGGGCUGCGGCGAAACAGGAGCGGGUUUAGGAGUGAGGAGUUUUGGUACGACAUCGUUGAGGGACGCGGAACGACAGCGGCAGGCGAGGCGGAGCAGGGCGUAGAGACGAGGGCGGCUGCGCGGCAGAGGAUUGAGACUAUGCGACGAGCUGUCGUAAACCAACAGAGGGUGUUUGAGUUCCAACUAAAGAGGGAGCGUGAGGAAAGAGAGGCUCGUCAUGGUGCGUCUAACGGGGCUGGGCUAGGAAGGCAGGAAGCGGAUCCAACCACUCUAGAGCGGGACCGUGAAUGGGACGAAGCAGAGGCCGCACUGCGUCGUAUUAUGGGGGAAGCAUCCCCCGUAAUGGUGGAGACUGCAGAUGGCUUUGUCGAGGAGGGGACAUUCAAUCUCACCCCGAUAGAGGUGCUUAGGCGGUUGACACUGGUAGGGCGUGCGCUUGCAACAGCGUCGGCAGAACAGUCUGCACGGAUCGCAAACGUAUCCCAAGACUUGCGGAACAUGGUAAACAACCAUGCCGAAUGGCUUGAGCACUAUUACCAGGACACACUAGGUACAAUACGAGCGUUCGACAAUGCCAACACAGUGUGGUUAGACAAGGCAGCAACAGCGGCGGAGGAGAGAAAACGGAUACUCACCCGGCUCGAGGUGAUGGACGAGCGUAUGGCGGGUGUUGCAUCGACAGCGGUCCGUGGUGAAACCGCACUAUUGGAAAGGUCGAUAGUUGAGAAUGUCAGAGUGUCUGUGAACGCCGCAUUGGUAGAGUUGCGGGGUUUUGUUGGCGACGGGCUCAGGCAGGCGGUAGAGGACAUCAAAAAGGGCAUCGAGCGGACGGUAGAGGAGCGGCUGAGGGAGGUGUUACGGGCGGAAGCGCAAAGGCUACAACAACCCGAAGCAGCACGUGCGGUCUCCCCCAACCACGACGAGGUUGAAGCUGCGCGUGUUGUCAACAGAUGGUUGGGUAGCGACGGCGGAGGAUCGCGUGUGGAUACGCAGGCGGAAGUAGGGAGUGAUCGGAACAGACCAGGUUGGAAAGGACUGGUUUUGAAGCCCGCGAGGUGUGAGGUAAGCACGGGUACACAGGGCAGUGAGGAGCCCGUAAUAGUCGAUGAGACUAAACGGAAUGCAGCUGUGGCAAGAAAGGCGCGGAAGGAGAAGGUGACGGAGCUUAGGGUGGCGGUAAGAGUUAAGGCAGAUCAGGAGCAGGCAGCCAAGCGGCAGUCGGAGGCCGAAGAGAGGGCAAGGACGGAGCGAGAGGAGUGUGAACGUCGGCGUGCAGAGGAGAACGAACGGAGGCGUGCAGAGGAUGCCGACAGGCUGCAACAGGAGUGUGCUGCUUACGCGGCGAGGGCUCGGGCUGCAGAGUUGGAUGCGCUAGGCAGGCGUGUUAGAGGAAGCGGGGAGCCAGGCCAAGCAGGGGUGACGGCAUUGUCGUCCAGACAGAGUCGGGAGAACAGGCAGGCUGAAAGGGAGGCUGCAUUAGCCAGGGUUACAGAAAAUCGGAGGCGUCUAGAGCAAGAGGCGGAGGCGGAGCGACGUGAGAUGGAGCAACGGCAGAGGCAGCGGGAUGCAGCGAGGAACGCAUUAGAGGCUGAGCGCAUGAAGCUGGCGAGAGAGGUUGAGGCGGAGACGUUGGAAGAUGGGCUGCGCGGUGGGCUAUCCAAAAUGGGGAUGACGAGGGCAACGGAUCUGGCGGUGGGUGUGGCAGGGGUUAGGGGCGCCAGAUCGAGGCGACGGCGUGGACGGGAUGGUGGCGCGGGCACGGUGAACCCGCCGAAGAGAACGCGUGGUCUCGUAGAUCGCGGCGAUACCGGCUAUGCGGGGUGCACAGAGGUGGUUGCACCCGGUACAGACCUGCCGGAGGAAGCGGCGUGCGAGGUGGAGGGCGCCAACGUGUUGCUGGGGGUCCUCGUUGAUAGCAACUUGUCCAACGACAGUAUUCCAGUCACGGAAGCGGAAAUGAAAGGGGUCAGGUUGGAGGUGUACGACUCACUCGACGACGUCGUGCCAGAUGAGUUGGGGAAACGAUGGGGUCUAGAGCGGCCGUUCAGGGCUAGCGGGUUCGAUGUCAAGAUGGAGGUGUAUGGAAUGAAUCCCGCACCAUUCCCGUUACGGCACUUGGACCUGCAGUGGGCUUCUAACCUUCCGACCGGCGUAUGGAGUGUUCUCAACGAGCUGCAUUUAGACAAACAAGACCGUUUCCAGCAGGUGCACAGGAAAGCCGACGAGCUGAUCGCGGAAGGCCAUCGCUUCCAGACAGCUGUAUGCGCGGGCAUUGCGCGGACCACUCUGGAGUACGGCAUGGGCAAGGAGCCAGGCGAACACCCCGUGUCUGCUCUACUCUUCGCUGUGGGAUUGGCGGCAACAAUCUCGGCAAUGUGGGAUGCAUCUACCGGCGUGGACCGGACGUGGUGGCUGUCGGGGGCCACGUCUGCAGCACUAGCUGCGCACCAGGAUCGUGGUCUAGCCUCACGAGCUGCAGAUGUGGCUACGCUGGCGGUGGAGGGGUUAAGAUCCGUGGGAGGCAUAACACACGACCACACGGCAUUGGCUCGAUCUCUUUAA